AUGACAUCUACAGAAACAACGACAGUAUCUCUCGCAAUGGCAACAGACACCCAUACAUCUUGGUUUGAUCGUGCUACAUUCUAUCCACCCGAUCCCAUUUUCGCUUUGACAGCCGGUUUCAUCGCAGACCCUGAUCCAAACAAGGUCAAUCUUGGACAGGGGACUUAUCGCGACGACGAAGGCAAGCCAUGGAUACUCUCAUCUGUUCAUCAGGCUCGUGAAAAACUCAUCUCGCAAAAGCUUUACCAUGAGUACUUGCCUAUUCUCGGCCUUGCUGAGUUUAGAAGUCGAGCUGCUGAGGUUGCAUUGGGUACUCGCAUCUAUCGUGAGCACAAAGAGACGCUUGCAACAUGCCAGAGCUUGUCCGGAACAGGAUCAUUGCAUCUGACUGGCCUUCUGUUGAGAGCUGUCUUGAAUCCUCUGCCUAAGGUUUUCAUUCCUGAGCCAACUUGGUCCAACCACCACCAGAUCUUCAGAGCGUUGGGUUUUGAAUGUCAAUCAUUCCCAUAUUACGACUAUGCAAACAAAACUCUAGACUUUGAUUCCUACAUCUCGACUCUGGAAUCUGCAGAGCCCCACUCCAUCUUCAUCCUCCAUGCUUGCGCUCACAAUCCUACUGGAUGCGACCCCAGCAAAUCUCAAUGGGAGCAAAUUGGGCAGAUUUUCAAAGAUAGGCAGCUGUUUCCACUGUUCGACGCUGCAUAUCUUGGCUUCAACUCAGGAGAUGUUGAUGAGGAUGCAUUUGCCAUUCGAUACUUCGUCGAUGACCUAGAGCUGGAGACCGCUGUGUGCAUGUCAUUUGCAAAGAACAUGGGCCUGUACGGCGAGCGAGUCGGAUGCACGGUUUUGGUUGCGAAGAACUCAUUAACCGCACGAAACACAGAAUCAAUGCUUGAGAUGCUGCAGAGAUCAGAAGUGUCCAACCCGCCCGGGUUUGGCGCAAAGAUAGCAAGCACUGUACUUGGAGAUGAACAGUUGAAGGGGGCCUGGUAUGAAGACAUGGUGACUAUGAGUGGACGUAUAAGGUCUAUGAGAACUCAGCUGCAUGAUUUGCUCGUUUCGCAAGCGACGCCCGGUAGUUGGAACCAUCUUGUGAAUCAGACCGGAAUGUUCGGCUUCCUUGGAUUAUCGCCAAAAGUGGUCGAACAGCUCAGAGAUCAGUACUAUAUCUACAUGUCGGCUAAUUCUCGAAUCUCCCUUGCGGGACUUAACUCACACAAUGUGGAGUAUGUUGCUCGCUCCAUCAAGACAUGCUUGGAAGAUCAGCAAUUUUGA